AUGACAUCAUCACCUCCUUCCAGUAGUGACCACCAAGGCCCGCCCGCCCACCGUCGAGGUCUUCCAGACCUGUGCCUCACCUGGUUGGUGGACGGGGUCCCCCUGCUGGGCCACGCCCACACCGAGGAGGCCACGCCCGACCGGGCCCCCGGGACCUUCCGGGUGACCUCGCGCCUCAACGUCACCACGGCCGAGUGGAGGGAGCAGAGCUUCUCCUGCCAGGUGGAGCACACGGCUUCCGGAAGCUUCCAGGAGGUGACGGCGCGCAGCUGUUCCGCCCCCACCGCCAGCCUGAUCCGCACCUUCGUCCUCCCGCCGUCCCCCUCGGACCUCUACAUCUCCCAGACCCCCAAGCUGCUGUGCCUGGUCACCAGCCUGCCCAGCGACGAGGGCCUGGCCGUCACCUGGAGCCGCGAGUCCGGCGGCCACCUCCGCCCGCCCCUCCCCCUGCAGGUCACGCCCCAGUUCAACGGGACCUUCUCGGCCACCAGCGAGCUGCCGCUGGCCGCCGGCGACUGGGAGAGCGGCGCCGCCUUCGUCUGCCGCGUCAGCCACGCCGAGCUGCCGGCGCCGCUGGAGAGGCGGCUGCAGAGGCGGCAAGGAAAGCGCCUCCCCCCUUCCGUCUUCCUCCUCCCGCCGCCCCCGGAGGAAAUUUCCGGUCCCCGCCCCUCCCUCAGCCUCACCUGCCUGGCCCGCGGCUUCUUCCCGGAAGCCAUCGACAUCCAAUGGCACCGCGACGGCCACGCCCCUUCCGCUUCCGGCGGGCCCGCCCACCCGGAAGUGACGCCGUGGGAACCGCGCCGCGAGCAGGGGGGGGAGGGGACCUACUUCCUGUACAGUCGCCUGGAAGUGACGCGGCAGGAGUGGGAGGGCGGGGCCGCCUUCGUCUGCACCGUGGUGCACGAGGGCCUGCCCCUGCGCUUCCUGCAGCGCCGCAUCUCCCGCCAGCCCGGUAAUUAG